CGCGCCGCCACUUGGGGUGCCUGUAUUGUUCGUCGCCACGCGCGUUGCAACACUUGCCUCAUCGCAAACCAAUAUACAAGUGCAUAUCUACUGAACAUUGUGUAUUUUUGGAGUGUGCCAUAAAACGCAUCGCGGAACGGAACUAACGCUUCCUCUGCAGUAUUGCUUUACGUAAAUGCAGUUCUCGACAAUCUGUGCACGGAAAAAUAAACAUAACACUCCGGAUCGGCUCCCGAGCGCGGCGCCGGCGCGGCGCCCACCUCCACCCUCCUGCUGAUGACAGAAUAAAUUGUGAUGCUGGCACGAACAGGAUCCUACAGGAAACUACGUCCUAGAGGACGGCGAAGGACGUUUUAGCUAACGAAUUACUAGUUUUACAAGUGAAAGUGCCUAAAACCUAAACAUGGUGACUAAUCGACGUAAUUUAAUAUUUAGGGUCAGUAUAGUGAUCAAUGUAGCCGUGAUUUUAUACGCGGCGAUGCAGUUGUCGGGCACGCCUUCGCCGACUGGCGAGUGGGUGCCCAUAACUGCCGACGGCACGGACCGGGGUGUAGACGUGCGGUUCUCUGGCGACCUUUUAAGAACUCCACGGAUUGUCAACGACACAGAAGUCAGGUCAAUUGAUUCAAUUAUACAAGGUUCUGACGAAUACACAUCGCAAAAGACGCCGUCGACUACUCCUAGUGUAAGUAAGACUGUUGCCGCCAACAAGACUGUCUCGAGUACUGUUGCUGUAACGGCAUUGACGAAAAACGUCAGCGUUGUAUCAUCAGAGCCUACGGUUACGACGAACGAGAGUGUCCAAGAGACUCAAGACGACACAGUUUUGAGUGCAACCACUUUGGCAAAGGUGCGGACUUUAGUGCAGUGUACUGAAAAGGAGUUCGAGCCUGAGGUAGUGCAACGUGGGGAAUAUUGGAUGCUGAAGAACUAUGUGCGAGCGGAACACGGGGCGCUGUCUUGCCAUGAAACCAUCACGUACACGACACACGCAGGCUUCGAGUUCCUCGACAACGUCCAGCCUCUAGUCGAACGAUGGAUGGGCCCAGUGAGCUUGGCUAUCUUUGCACCAGGCGCCGACUUGCAACCCACUGUGAACAGCAUCAGGUACCUUCGAGACUGCCUGAAAACCGACCUCGUGCGACAACUCGUCACUUUUCAUCUAUUCUUCUCCUUCAAGAAUAUUCCUAGCUCAAUUCCAAAUAUAGAUACCCUCCUGGCAACUUCAUACAACUGCUCAAGCCCGCCACCGUACGACGUAGAUCCCACAACCACAUUCAUGAAGCAAAAAAAUCUUCUAUACCCCGUGAACGUCGCAAGAAACAUCGCCAGAGACGCAGCUUUAACACAUUUUGUACUGCCAUCAGAUAUAGAAUUGUAUCCAAGUCCGAAUUUAAUAUCAAGGUUCCUGAAUAUGAUUGCGAGAAAUGAAAAACCUUUGAGCACUUCCGUAAAUCCUAGAGUCUUCCCGAUAAGCAUAUUUGAAGUUGACGCUUCAGUUCAAGUACCUUCGACCAAGACGGAGUUGCAAGAAAUGUUGAAGAAAAAAACUGCGAUUCCGUUCCAUAAGUUCGUGUGCCCCGACUGCCACAAUAUUCCCCAAGGUGCGCAGUGGAUGGCCGCCAAAGAGACCAACCAGAUGGAUGUGUUCCACGUGGGUAAGCGACGAGGAAAAUUCCUUCAUUGGGAGCCGAUUUUCAUCGGCACACAUCAUGAUCCACAGUACGAUGAGCGACUCAGCUGGGAGGGCAAGCAGGAUAAAAUGCCUCAGGGUUACAUCCUUUGUGUCAAAGACUACGACUUCAUGAUCCUGAACAACGCCUUCCUUAUCCACAAACCUGGUAUAAAACGCCUCAAGAAAGAUCCCAAGCGAAGUCGCAUAGCCAGCAAGCAAAACCACUUUAUAAGGAGCCAGCUUAUGCCCGAACUGAAGAAAAUCUUUGGAACAAGAACUGGUUGCACGAUAUGACCUACUACUGUUGUAAAAAUUUUAUAUGAGGCCCAAAAAGAAAAGAGGGAUUUUAGGCCGUUUUUGAAGAAAAACGGUUCCGGUUUAGAUCCUUACGGGCGUAAAUUAAAUUCCGUUUUAUUAUUCGGAAGACCUUUGUCAUGAUAUUGCGUCAUUGGAACAUAGCAUUCCAACAUAAAAUAAAUGAGGAUAAAGAAUCCUUUUGAAUGAGAUUCAAGACGAAAAUGUACUUGAAUAAAAUUAUGUCAUAGAAUUACCAUGCCAGUGGUCGCCCGAAUCAUCCAUCUAAAUCGUUUUAAUUCAAUUAUUGCAUCGGAUCAAAAAGUCAGAGAGCUUUAAGCUACAGGUAAACGGCAUUAUUUGAAUCAUAUUGUAACCUUAACAAUAUAGGUUAAGUUACGGUACAGUCCACAACAUGUCCAAAAAUAAAUUUAUAACUGGAAUUGGACAAAAAGGCAAAGUGAUGUAUAAAUUAUGUCAACGUAUGGAAAUGUGGCCGCAAAACGUUUAUGCGUGACUCAAAUUAGUAAGAGGAAACAGGUUUUGUAUAACACUGCUGCAGUCUUUUUAGAACUCAUUUAAGUGAUAGGUAGAGGUGUAAAUGUAUUUGAAUACAUUUCUCAGAUUCAAAUGAAUUACCUACACAUGCGGAUUUUAAAAGUCUUUGAGUCAAUUGGUAGAUAGAAUCACUAAAUUCAGGGAAACAGGGUGCGUUCAACCGCCUCACUUUUUAUAUCUGACUUUAUACAUGAAACUGAAACUCAAAGUCGAACAUAUCAUUUUUAAUGUUGUAAGAGAUUUUCUCGUGUGGA